AAAUUUGAUCCUUUAGCUUAUAAGUAUCAUUACAUCUUCCAAAACCAUCCCUAAAUUAAAGUUUUAGCAGUAAAGAAGUGUCUCCAGAUUUUGCAGAGAGUCCUAAUGAGUUCUUCAUCUCUAUCACUAAAGCCUGAUGUUACUCUGUCCCUAACUUUGUCAUCCCCUGCUCCUCUUGAAGCCUUGAAGCCUGAAGAAAGAGGCAUUAAACUAAUCCAACUCUUGCUAGCAUGUGCUAACCAUGCCUCCUCCGGCAACCUCCACCGCGCCGACGCCUGCCUCCGCCAAAUUUCCCAGCUUGCUUCUGUCUCCGGCGACUCCAUGCAGCGUCUGGCCACCCGGUUCGCCUCCGCCCUAGCGGUCCGGCUGGUUAAGCGCUGGCCCGGUCUAUAUAAGGCCUUGAACCAUGCUGGACCAGCCGAUGUUGAAUUGGACCGGGCCAGAUCCAUCUUUACUCGAGCCUUUCCUUACAUGGGCUUUGCCUAUGCCAUCAUUACCCGAACCCUGAUCCAAGCCAUGUCCGACGAGCGGAUUGUCCAUAUUAUUGAUUUGGGCUCGGGUGACCCAAAAUUGUGGGUCCCACUUCUUCGGAGCUUGGCCCAGUUGCCAAAUGGGCCUCCCCAUUUGAAGUUCACUUGUGUUAAUAGCAACAAAGUUGUGCUAGAGAAAUUAGGAGCAAAGCUUGUUAAGGAGGCUGAGAGCUUAGACAUGCCCUUUCAAUUCAAUCCAGUAAAUGUCACUCUAGGAGAGCUUACCAUACACACGCUUAAGGUAAGAUCAGGUGAAGCCUUAGCUUUGACAUCAAUAUUAAAUCUUCAUGUCUUAUUAGCCGAGGAUGAUCGCGUGGAUGCACAUUUUGGUGUCAACAAGAACAAUGUUGUUAAGGAUUGUAAGCGAAUGAGCGAAUUCCUAGCAAUGUUGCAUUCAAUGUCACCUAAGGUGUUGUUACUAGUUGAACAAGAAUCUGAUCACAAUUUGAACCGUCUGGUGGAUCGAUUCAUUGAAGGGUUGCAUUACUAUAGCGCGAUGUUUGACUCAAUUGAUGCCGCGUUCGAAGGAUCUUCACACGAAGAACGAAUUGCAUUAGAAGAAAUGUUUGGAAAAGAUAUUGAAAAUAUUAUUACGUGCGAAGGGCUAGAAAGGGGGAAGAGACAUGAACGGUACGCAAGAUGGAUGGUUAGGUUCGCCCGAGUUGGUUUCAAACCGGUGCGCCUGUGGUACCAUUGCAUGGAGGAUGCAAAGCAAUUGGUGGAGGCUUAUGGCUCGGAUGGUUAUAAGAUCAUUAGUCAAAGAGGAAGCUUAAUGAUAUGUUGGCAUGAUCGACCCCUUUAUGCAGUAUCAGCAUGGAAUUGUAAUAGUUAAAUUUUUUCUUUCAUUUUAUGAAUUUCUUGAAAAUAUCAACAUAUUUUUGUCUGUAUAAUCAAAGC